GUAUUUCGCAUGUGCAGCCUGACAAGUUAGCCCAACCAGUGUAUUUAGUGUUCUUCUACAAACGGCUGCUGUGAUAUUUUUCGUAACAAUUGUUCAUAAAUUCGUUGGAACAUCAAUUAUCUGUGGUUUCUCACCUUCACAAAGUGAGAUGGAAGUUUUGAGAUCUAUGAAAUUACGAUGUGGCUUAAACUUUUCGACCCAUCUUCCCAGCAGCAAUGUGAUACAUAAUUCUCGUUACUCUAGUAGCUUGAAGGGAAAGAUAAUCGCCAUAAGAAGGGAGGAUCAGUCAGUAUGGGAACGUCGAGCACCAUUGGCACCAUCAAACGUGCGGCGAUUAACGAGAGCUGGAGUCAAAGUUAUUGUGCAGCCGAGCAACAGGCGGGCAUAUCCAAUGCAAUCUUAUCUAGCGGCUGGUGCUUCUUUACAAGAAGACAUCAGUUCAGCAUCCGUUAUUUUCGGCGUAAAACAAGUCCCCGUCGAUCAGCUAAUACCAAAUAAAACUUACUGUUGUUUUUCUCAUACUAUAAAAGCACAGGAGAGCAACAUGCCUCUUCUAGACGCCAUCUUAGAGAAAAACAUUCGGUUACUGGACUUCGAAAAGCUAACAGAUGAUACGGGUCAAAGAGUUGUCGCUUUUGGAAAAUAUGCAGGAGUUGCUGGGAUGGUCAACAUUUUGCACGGACUUGGACUGAGAUUGUUAGCCUUGGGACAUCACACUCCGUUUAUGCAUAUUGGGCCCGCCCAUAAUUACAGAAAUUCGUCAAUGGCUCGUCAGGCUAUCAGAGAUGCUGGUUACGAAGUGGCCUUGGGCGCCAUGCCAAAAUCCAUUGGUCCUUUAACUUUCGUGUUCACAGGAAGUGGAAAUGUCAGUCAAGGGGGUCAGGAAGUAUUUCAAGAAUUACCGCACGAAUACGUCCCUCCAGAAAUGCUGAGAAAAGUUGCCGAACACGGCGAUAUAAACAAAAUAUAUGCCUGUGAAGUCAGGAGACGGCAUCACUUGGAGCGCAAGGAAGGCGGCGGGUUUGAUCCAGAGGAAUAUGAUAAAUUUCCAGAACGAUACAUAUCUACGUUCAGUAAAAAGAUCGCUCCAUAUGCAUCCGUGAUUAUUAAUGGGAUUUAUUGGGCUCUUGACUCUCCAAAGUUGCUAACUAUACCAGAUGCAAAAAAUCUUCUAAGACCAGCCCACACGCCUUGGUUGCCCACCAGUGUGGGAGCUCCAUCAUUGCCGCAUCGAAUGUUAGCUAUAUGCGAUAUAUCUGCUGAUCCUGGUGGAAGUAUUGAAUUCAUGAAUGAAUGCACGACCAUAGACACGCCCUUCUGUUUGUACGACGCUGAUCGCAAUAAAGAUACGAAAUCGUUCAAAGGACCUGGAGUUUUGGUUUGCUCAAUAGACAAUAUGCCUACUCAGCUGCCAAGGGAGGCAACAGACUUUUUUGGAGACUUGUUGUAUCCGUAUGUAUCUGACAUUAUCCAGUCCGACGCAAGGAAACCACUCGAAGAACACAACUUCAGCCCAGCUGUGUAUGGGGCAAUAAUUGCAUCUAACGGUCAACUGACUCCCAACUUUGAAUAUAUCCAAGAAUUGAGACAGCUGAACGUUCGAAGUCGGCACAAAGCAGAAUGUGGAGAUACACAGGAUAAGAAGGUACUUGUAUUGGGUGCUGGAUACGUAUCGCCACCAUUGGUUGAGUAUCUUCACAGGGACAAACGCAUCGGAAUUAUUGUUGGCUCGCAAUUAAAGGAUGAAGCUGAUGCUUUAGCGAACAGAUAUCCGGGCGUAGAAUCAGUGUUCCUCAAUGUCUUAGAAAGACCUGACACAUUAAGAGAGUUAAUCGCUUCGGCAGAUGUGGUGGUAUCUCUGCUACCAUACUCUCUACAUCACGUAAUUGCAAAAACUUGUAUUGAUACAAGAACACACAUGGUGACAGCCAGUUACCUCAAUGAUCAAGUCAGAGCUCUGCAUCAAGACGCAGAAUCCAAGGGUGUGACAAUAUUGAACGAGGUGGGUCUUGACCCAGGAAUCGAUCACCUAUUGGCAAUGGAAUGUAUCGAUGAUGUUCGCCAAGCUGGGGGAAAAAUUGAAUCGUUUGUUUCAUGGUGUGGAGGACUGCCUGCUCCAGAAUAUUCAUCCAAUCCAUUGAGAUAUAAAUUCAGUUGGUCACCACGUGGUGCAUUACUCAACACUCUAUCACCAGCAAAAUAUCUUCACCAAGGACAGGUAGUGGAAAUCUCCGGAGGAGGAGACCUUAUGUCGUCUGUGCAAAGUCUGAAUUUCCUUCCUGGUUUUUCUCUAGAGGGUUUCCCUAAUCGCGAUAGUACUGUAUACAAGGAACUUUAUGGAAUUAAUAACGCGACAACGAUCUUACGGGGUACGCUACGUUUCAAAGGAUAUUCAGACACCAUACAAGGAAUGCAGCUGCUCGGACUAAUAGAUCCAAAUCCACAUCCGAUUUUACACCCCAAUGGACCAGAUAUUACUUGGCGUACACUGAUUUGCAAUCUACUGGGCUUGUCAAACGACAACAUUUUCUAUGAAAAUUUGAAAACUAAACUCGCUGAUAGAGUUGGUUCGGAGGAUCGUAUGCAGGCAAUAGAGGAUUUGGGACUUUUGAAAGAAGAUUUAGUUCUCAAAUUGAAUACUCCACUGGAUACACUCUGCAAUUAUUUAUCGAAAAAACUUCGGUUAGAAGAGAAUGAGCGGGAUUUGAUUAUUCUUCGACACGACGUAGGGAUUAUAUGGCCAGACAACAAGAGAGAAGAGAAAGGCAUAAGUCUAGUGGCUUAUGGAAAUCCGAAAGGACAUUCUGCGAUGGCUUCUGCUGUUGGGUAUCUAGCUGGAAUAGCAACGAAAAUGAUCAUAGAUGGAGAAAUACAGCAAAGAGGAGUCAUUCUUCCAUUUACACCAGACAUCUAUCGCCCUAUGCUCAACAGGCUGAGAGCUGAGGGCUUGGGGUCUUUUGAAACAUCGAAAUGGUUGUAAAGAUUUGUGAUAGGGUGUUCUUCAGUCAAUUUCUAAUUAAGGAGGAAGUCCCGUUUGGACACCACAAGAUAGGAUACUAGUGUUAUUGGAUACCCAGAAAAU